AUGGCACCCGCCGCGAAGCCCACGAAAAAUCAACUGCGGCGAGCCAAAAAGAAGGCACAGAAACAACAGACUACAACGGACUCGACACCUGAUCCUGCGACAGAAGUAACGACAGAGACCCCUGCGAAAGUCAAAGUCGAAGAGUCCAUCAAAGCAGAGAACCGGCGCGAUAGCGACGCAAUCACAGACCCGCUCAUCGUCGACGAGGAUAAUCCUCUUUACGAUAUGUACAAGGAGAUCCUAGAGAAGUUUGAAGAGGGAGAUAAAGAAGACCCGUCCACGAAAGAACCCGACAAACCUGAAGUGUAUUACGACGACGAUGAUGAUAUACCCGACGAGGAAGAGGAGAACGCUGCGCCAAAGAUGUCCAAGAAGAAGAGGAAAGAAAUGACCCAAUUGUCUGUGGCAGAACUCAAAGCACUAGUCAACAAACCGGAGUUGGUCGAAUGGACAGACACAUCAGCACCAGAUCCGAAACUUCUCGUUCACCUGAAAUCUUAUCGAAACGUGGUUCCAGUACCGACACACUGGUCCCUGAAGAGAGAAUACCUUUCAUCGAAGCGAGGUAUAGAAAAGCCCCCCUUUGCGCUCCCGAAAUUCAUACUCGAGACUGGAAUCGCGGAAAUGAGAGACGCGACACUGGAGAAGCAGGACCAGCAGACAUUGAAGCAGAAACAGCGAGAAAGGGUACAAGGCAAGACGGGCAAGCUCGACAUCGAUUAUCAGAAGCUCUAUGAAGCCUUCUUCCGCUUCCAGACGAAGCCAGAGUUGACGAGAUAUGGUGAGGUCUAUUACGAAGGCAAAGAAUUCGAGACCAACCUGCGUCACCUGCGACCUGGUGAAUUGUCCGACGAACUAAAGGAAGCACUCAACAUGCCACCUGGUGCACCUCCUCCAUGGCUCAUAAACCAACAGAGAUACGGCCCACCGCCAUCGUACCCUGCUCUCAAAGUCCCGGGAGUGAACGCACCCCCACCGCCCGGGGCAAGUUGGGGCUUUGCCCCUGGUCAAUGGGGUAAGCCACCGGUUGACGAAGCUACAAACCGACCUCUUUAUGGUGGUGACAUUUUUGGUGUAUUACAGCAACAACCCAAUACUCAGCAAGGAGAGCCGGUAGAAAAGGAUCUGUGGGGUGAAUUACAACCUCCAGAGGAGUCUGAAGAGGAAGAGGAGGACGAGGACGAGGACGAGGACGAGGAGGAAGACGAAGACGAAGAGGAUGGCGGGGCUGGUCUACAGUCUUCAGCCGGUCUGGAAACACCAAGCGGUAUGGCUACUUCUGUGACCACCGAAAUCGGCGGCACAGAGACGGUGUCAGAGUUCGAUCUGCGGAAGCGACGUGGCACAGAAACGGAGGAAUCAUCUCACCCGAGAGCAGCAUAUCAAGUCAUUCCCGAGCGACAGACAAAGGUGGAGGGUUUCUUUGGUGGCGACCGAGCGUAUGACUUGAAAUCGAGCCAAGCGAAUCUCCCGGUGCUGGGUCAGGAGGAAACACGGAAACGAAAGAAGCCCGGUGAUGUGGACGUAUCCAUGAACCCGGACGCCUUGGCAGCUCACGAUGGUAUGGACCAAGAAGAUCUUCGACGAGCAUACGAUCAGCAACGAAAAUCGGAGCAGAAUCCAGAGUGGGAUUUCCGGGAAGAUUUGUCUGAAAUGAUAGCAUCGGAAGCAAGGAAGAGACAGAAGAGGGAUGAAGAAAGAAGAAGUAAGCGGUGA